GGGGCGGGAAACCAGGCCGGUUGCGCGCGCAGUAGGCCAGCGUAGGCCGGGCAUUCCAAGAUGGCAGCUACCAUGUUGCGGGUUACCUUGCGCAGCUGGCUACCCAGCGUCCACCGGGGUUGCGGGCUACGGCUGCUGAGCCAGACCCAGGGGCCUCCAGAUUACCCCAGCUUUGUGGAGUCCGUGGAUGAAUACCAGUUUGUGGAGCGCCUGUUACCCCCCACCAGCAUCCCCAAACCCCCAAAGCAUGAACAUUAUCCCACCCCCAGUGGCUGGCAGCCUCCCAGAGACCCACCACCCAACCUGCCCUACUUUGUGCGGCGCUCUCGGAUGCAUAACAUCCCUGUCUACAAGGACAUCACACACGGCAACCGCCUGAUGACUGUGAUCCGGAAGGUGGAGGGGGACAUCUGGGCCCUGCAGAAAGAUGUAGAAGAGUUUCUGAGCCCACUGCUGGGGAAGACACCCAUCACACAGGUCAAUGAGGUGACAGGUACCCUGCGGAUUAAGGGCUACUUUGACCAGCAGCUGAAAGCCUGGCUCCUGGAGAAGGGCUUCUGAGGCCCAGCUGAGCAGCUUGCAUGAUAGCGUCACAACAGACUAUAGUCCGGGGGACCUCAAGAGGAGGGAUGUGGGUGUUGGAGCCCCUGGGACAGGGAUACAGAGAGGGCUAAGGGCUUGGGCAGUGCAGAGUGCCAGGCCUUUCUUGCAUAAAGGAGAAAUGGGACUCUACGCACAGGUGUCAGCGCUGGGGGAGAGCUACCUAACACUGGAGACCAACCAGGAACACCCAAGCUAGUGGGGAAUGUUGGCUGCUGUCCUCCCACACUUUGGUUUCCUGUAUUGGGGUUCCUUGGGCUCAGCUAUUCAGAUUCAAGGGGUUAUUAUCUGGUGGAAACAGCCCAACCUAAUUUAGGGGAGGGUAGCACAGGGCAGACCCACUGGCACGUUCCUUCCUUCGCCCUUUAGGGCUCACUGCUGCAAACAUCCCCGAGCCCUUGCUCUAGGCCAGACUUGGUAUAGGCUAUGGAGAUCACAGAUUUCUCAGGCGUGGGUCCUGGAGGCCUUAAGUUCCAAGUGCAGUGCUGAGCACCGGGGGCACAGAGUGUCCAUGUCAGCUCCUGGGCUCUUUCUAUCUGAUAGAGGUGGGAGGCCCUUUCUGGGUCCCUGUUCCAUUCCAGAUCAGACUUGGGCCUGACAGCAUUUCCAGCUCCUGGAUAUUAAGUGAUUAGCUCUGGCUGGUCCAACCACCAGAGAGUGCCCGGGACCUCCUUGCAGCCCAGCACAGGGCCAUCCCCAGCCCGCUGACCCGGAAUCAAGGGUAGCCUUUUGUCCUGCCAUCCCAUCCCACCCAACUAGCCUUCACACGUGCCCCAUCCUUGGAGUCUCAGGAUAAAGGCCUGGGUCCCACCCCAUGGCAGCAUCAAACUGGGUAAGACAGCUUUCAGAUCCUGGCUCUCCUACUUGGUCUCUUAUCUAAGGUACUGUAUUGAACUUCUCUGGGGCUCAAUUUUUCCAUAUGUAAAAUGGGCACAUCUUCCUAAUCGGCUCAUGGUCAACAGUGUCCCAAGGGUAGUGCUGGCUUACAUGAAACCCUCACCCCUGGAGAUUCCAGGCUAUUCUCAAGUCUACAGCCUCAGCAAGGAAAUGGAGUCCGACACACUGAUCCUAUGAUACAAGCCCCACCAAUCGUUAAUGCAAGUUUUUAUUUGGCGGUAUAUACAAUUUAAGCUAUUAAAAUUUGUACAAUAUUUACAAAUUAAAUAAUCAUCUGAAA